GGCGCGCAGGCGGCCGCGUCCCGGCGACAGCCCCGAGAGCGGCGGGGCGGGUUGAGGAGCGGCGUGUCUUUGCCCCUCGGUGCUCCGGUACCUGUCCGCGGCGCUCAGAUUUUGGAAACCUGAGCUGAAGUAUCGCGUGACUUACAGCGUGAUAACUACACCAAAAAUUCUCCAACAUCUUGUCUUUGACGUGAUCCACUGAUCGGAAUCUGCUUGGUCACAGAUCAGAAAGGAACAGAGAGUUUUCCUUGUUUAACAACCACACAGAGCACCCUAUCAUCUGCUUGAACAGGACAAGCGGUGAAGGAGAAUAGAAAUGGCGGAGGAUAGGAAAGAUGAAGCCAAGGCACCACACUGGACUUCGGGUCAGCUAACAGAGGCUGCUUCGCACCCACAUUCACCUGACAUUAAGGAGCAGGGCGGCGCGGGUGCCGGACUGGUCAGAAGUGCCAAUGGGUUUCCCUACCAAGAGGGUGAGGAGCCUGGGCUGGGCAGCCGGGAGCAGCCGGGGACGUAUGCUCGCAGCAAAGAGAAUGGAAUCAAUGGAGAGCUGUCGGCAGGGGACAGAGAGACCGCAGAAGAAGUGUCUGCAAGGAUAGUACAAGUAGUAACAGCUGAAGCUGUAGCAGUCCUGAAAGGUGAACAGGAGAAAGAAGCUCAGCACAAAGAUCAGCCUGGACCACUACCUAUAGCAGUCGAAGAGUCAGCCAACCUGCCUCCUUCCCCACCUCCAUCGCCAGCUUCUGAGCAGACUGGAGCUCUGGAGGAAGAAGAAGAACCAGUAGAGAGUCCGAUGGCUGUGGAAGUGAAACCUGCUGCUCUUCCUGGGACGCAACUGGGGAAAGAGCAUGGGCCCACUGAGCCUUCAGAGCAGGCCAAGGGCCUCAGUAAGGGUCAGCCGGAUUUUGGUUUGGAGGCCACAGUGUGUCGUGAAGACAAAAUACCAAGUGUGGCAUCCAGCAGGGAGAGCCUAACAGUUGUGGGGGAAAUGCCUCUGAAAGACACAUCCCCUUCCUUGGCUGCGGAAGCCACGAAGAUGGAAUUCCGUGUCCAGGAGGGCACGUGCCCUUUCACAACAGAUCCAUUAGACACAAAGCAACAGGAAUCUGGAAAAGACAGUAAGACUGAGCAACCUAAACAUGAUGCCUUAGUUCCACAGCCAACAAAAACAGAGGCUACAGAUAAAAAGGAUUUACCGAGCAAAGACAAAGAAAAAAUGCCUUCACCUCUAUCAGAACAGAUCUUGGAAACUGAUUCACAGAAGAAAUUGGAAGCUGGUUUUGCAGAACCUCCUGCCAAGCUUCCUAUUUCUCCAGUACAAAAGGACUUGCCAUCUGAAUUGCCUGAGGGGAGCAAAGCAGAAGAAAGGACUGCAGAUAAGCCCUCAUCAUCCAACCAAGUUAUACCUAUGACAUUUAAAGACGACCUCAAAGAUGUGCAAGAUCUUGCCAUCAGCCAUGAUGGAAGUUCUCUGUUGGCAUCAGAACCCAAGACAGAAGCAGCCAAAAGUGAACUGCCUUCAGGCCCAUCUCUUGCUCUUCCCCAGGGUCUUCCCCUCAAAGACAGUGCCAAAACAAAACCAGAACCUGCUGACCAACUGUUUGCCAAAGAACUUGCUAAAGAUGAACAGACCCACAGAGGCAUGACCCUGAGCCUGCAAGAAGUCUCAGCAGUAACUGUAGAUGGCCUGAAAACACCAAGCACACAGAAAAUCCCUGCAUGGGGGCAGGAAAAGGACAUGACCAAGGAUGAGACUGAUGAGGAAGAAAGGUAUGACUUCUAUGAUAAAGGGGAGGCUCGAAUAUUAGAUGAUGGUAAAUUUACCACAAAACCUGAAGUUAAGACACUUUCCCAAGACAAAGCAGACUUCCCAAAGGAUGGUGAAACUAAAAUGUCUGAUCUUUUCAAGGCAGAAAAAGAGAUGGACCAAAGUGGGCUCCAAGCAACAAUAGCUACGGAGAAGGACAUGCAGCCAAGUACAGAGGUAUCCCCCAGCAAAUUAAGCCAUGUACCAAUCCCCGAGAAAACAACUGAGCACCCUGAUACUCCACAGUUAUCCCAAAUAACAGAGAAGAGCCCCGAGGCCCCAAGUUCAACCACUGAUAAGAUUCCUACUCCAGAACCUUCUCAAGAGAAAGAUGUUAAAAAAGAAACCAAGGAGGAUAAGGAAAGUGUUUCAGCUACUCAUGAAGUGAAAACAGAAGUGGAUCGAUCAGGAAUGUCGAAGUAUUUCGAAACCUCUGCACUGAAAGAGGAAGCCUUCAAAACAGGCACUCUAAAACAAGGCAGUGAUUACUAUGAGCUAAGUGACACUAAAGAGAGUGCAUAUGAUACUUUCCAGGCAGAUCGUCUAAUACCUGAAGACAAAGAGGAAGAGGAGGAAGAAUUACAGAUGGAAUUGGAUCAGCAGCAGGGUAUGCCUGCUCAUGAAAUAGGGUACAGUACCCUGGCUCAGAGCUAUACACCAGACAAAUCUGAAGAACCAAGUUCCCCAACAGAAAGAAUGUUCACUAUUGACCCCAAAGUCUAUGGGGAUAAGCGAGAGCUCCAUAGCAAAAAUAAAGAUGACCUAACUCUGAGCAGGAGCCUGGGACUUGGGGGGAGAUCUGCAAUUGAGCAGAGAAGUAUGUCUAUUAACCUGCCCAUGUCCUGCCUGGAUUCUAUAGCUCUGGGAUUUAGCUUUGGCCGUGCACAUGAUCUUUCUCCCCUUGCAUCAGAUAUUCUAACUAACACUAGUGGGAGUAUGGAUGAAGGUGAUGACUACUUGCCAGCAACCACACCAGCAAUGGAGAGGGCGCCUUGCUUCCCCAUUGAUAGCAGAGAAGAAGAUGAGCAUAUUGAAGAAGAAAAAGCAAUGACAGAAGAAAAAGUCCAGCCUGAGACCUUGGUUGAAUCUCCUUUCCCAGCCAAAGACUAUUACAAAAAUGGUGCUGUCUUGGCUCCUGACCUGCCUGAAAUGUUAGACUUAGCAGGGACAAGAUCUAGAGUAGCAUCUGUGAGUGCAGAUGCUGAGCUGGCACAAAAGAAGUCAGUUCCUUCUGAUGCUGUUGUGGAAGACAGCAGCACAGCCCUGGCAUCUGUGACAGAUGAAAACCACGUAACUCUAAAAGCUGAAAGUCAGCUAGAAGACUUGGGUUACUGUGUUUUCAAUAAGUAUACAGUCCCACUCCCUUCUCCAGUACAGGACAGUGAGAAUUUAACAAGCGAAACCUGUCCCUUUUACGAAGGCACAGAUGAAAAAUUGAGACGCAGCCUAGCUCCUGAUCUGUCUUUAAUAGAAGUGAAGCUGGCAGCAGCUGAAAAAUCCAAAGAAGAAUUCCUCAGUGAAAAAGACUUAGCGCAGCAAGCAGCUGGUGAGUCUUUUCUAGCGAGGGACUUUGAGCAGGAGAAGAAAGAGAAGCUCGAUACUGUGUUGGAAAAAAGUGAAGAUCAAGUUGACUCUAAAGAGGGCUAUCCCAUUAAAGAUUCAGAGUCAGAGAAGACAAGACCUGAGGCAAUCUUAGAAAUGAAAGAGGAAGGCAUAUCUGAUAAAGUUCAUGUACCUGACGAUACCACUUACAACAGAAUAUUAGCUACAGAGGUAACAGCAGAAAGAGAUGCUGUUUCUUUCUUGAUGGAGAAGGAGAAGACUCUUAGUGUUGUUCCUGAACUAGCUGAGGUAGAAGCUCCAAUAAAACCAGACUACAAUGCCAUAAAACAUGAUAUGGAAGUGGCUGCAAGGAGAGCUGACCAAGAAUAUCAGAGUCAGUUAGAUAGUAGGAUCAGUGAUGUAGUUUCUCUCCCUUCAGGGAAGGACAAAGCCCCUGUUAAAAAAACAGAGCCUGAACCCAAAGAAACUCAACAGAAAGAUCAGAUCAUCUUGUCCAGAGAAGCAAAGGAUGCAGAUUUACUUUCCAAGGCUGAGCCUAGUUAUGUGAAGGACAGCAUCAAACUGUCUGAAACAGAAAUUAAGGAAAAAGUAACUAAGCCUGAUCUGGUACAUCAGGAGGCAGUUGAUAAAGAAGAAUCUUAUGAAUCUAGUGGAGAACAUGAUCAAACCCAAGAAAGUUUGAAUGGAGAACCCUUGAAACAGGAGGAUGUCAAAGGAGAAGCUCCAAAACCAUCUGCAUCUGAGGAAGAGGUGUCUACACAGUUGCCAGCAAAGGAGCCUUCCACAGAGCUCCUCCUUCCAAAAGCUGAGCCUCCCCAAGAAGAGCCUGCUGAGAUUCAGAUGGAGAGCAUCCCCCAGCCCCCAGAGGAAACGGAAAAGAUUCCUGAUACAGUUGUGAAACCUACAGAAGUCCAAACAUUGCUGCCAUCAGAAGUGACAGCUGAGGCCACAGAAAGAGAAGAACAUGAGGAAGAAGAGGUAGAAGGUGGACAAGAAGAGAAGGAAGAAGAUAAACAUCUUAUGUCAGAAAUGCCCCAAGAAAUGGACUUUGGGAAACCUACCGAUGAAGAAUUGCUAGCCAAGGUUUGCCCAGAAGCACUGCCUGAACUGAAAGGCAUUAUUGAAUCAGUUGUGACAGUAGAGGAUGACUUUAUCACGGUGGUGCAGACAACAGUUGAUGAGGGCGAAUCUGCUUCUCACAGUGUACGUUUUGCUGCUACCCAGCAGGAAGACAUUGAAGCAGUGGACUCCCAGGCUGAAGAGGAGCUAGAGAUUGAGGAAGUGGUUGACAUUCAAGCUGAGCCGAGGGAGGGCUCCCCAGAAGCUCCUGCUUCACCUGAGAGAGAAGAAAUCUUGCUCACUGACUACAAAACAGAGACGUGUGAUGAUUACAAAGAUGAAACUACAGUUGAUGACUCCAUCAUGGACACAGACAGUCUCUGGGCAGAUACUCAAGAUGAUGAUAGGAGCAUCAUGACUGAACAGUUAGAGACUGUUCCUAAAGAGGAGAAGGCAGAGAGAGAAUUGCGAAGAUCAUCUCUUGAUAAGCAUAAAAAAGAGAAACCUUUUAAAACUGGGAGAGGCAGGAUUUCUACUCCUGAAAGGAAAAUAGCUAAAAAGGAACCUAGCACACUCUCCAGAGAUGAAGUGAGAAGGAAAAAAGCAGUGUAUAAGAAAGCUGAACUUGCUAAAAAAACUGAAGUUCAGGCCCACUCUCCCUCCAGGAAAAUCAUUUUAAAACCUGCUAUCAAAUAUACUAGACCAACUCAUCUCUCCUGUGUUAAACGGAAGCAGACAGCAGCAGUUGGUGAAACAAACCAGACUCCUGGUGUAUUUAAACAAGCAAAGGAAAAACUUUCAACUGCCUCUUUGUCAAAGAUUCCUGCCUCAAAGUCUAGAGCAAAGUCAUUGCUUCCUCCAAGACCCAGCUCAGCUUGCUCAUUAACUACUAAAAGGGCCACUUUUCUCGAUACAGACAGUUAUUAUGUACGGCCCUCCUCAGCAGGCCCAAGAGACUGCUUGCCCUACUCAAUAUCAGAUGCUAAGGAUGGAGUAAGCAAGAGCCCUGAAAAGCGUUCCUCUUUACCAAGACCUUCCUCCAUCCUUCCCCCUCGAAGAGCUGUGUCAGGAGAUCGAGACAGAGAGGAGAACUCUCUCUCCCUCACAACAUCCCUCUCUUCUUCAGUACGACGGACCACCCGGUCAGAACCAAUUCGUAGCAGAACAGGAAAAAGUGGAACUUCUACUCCCACUACUCCUGGCUCCACUGCCAUUACUCCAGGGACACCACCAAGCUAUUCUUCCCGUACACCAGGCACUCCAGGGACACCCAGCUACUCCAGAACCCCACAUACUCCUGGAACCCCCAAAUCUGCCAUACUGGUACCUACUGAGAAAAAAGUUGCCAUAAUUCGCACUCCUCCUAAAUCUCCAGCAACUCCGAAGCAGCUGCGAGUUAUUAACCAGCCUCUACCUGACCUCAAGAACGUCAGGUCCAAAAUUGGAUCAACAGAUAACAUCAAAUACCAGCCUAAAGGUGGGCAGGUUAGGAUUUUAAACAAGAAGAUCGAUUUUAGCGAUAUUCAGUCCCGGUGUGGUUCCAGAGAUAACAUCAAACAUUCUGCAGGGGGAGGAAAUGUACAGAUUGUAACAAAGAAGAUUGACUUGAGUCAUGUGACUUCCAAGUGUGGUUCACUCAAGAACAUCCACCACAAGCCAGGAGGUGGACGUGUGAAAAUUGAGAGCGUGAAACUGGAUUUCAAAGAGAAAGCUCAGGCUAAAGUUGGUUCACUUGAAAAUGCCCACCAUGUACCUGGCGGUGGUAAUGUCAAGAUUGACAGCCAGAAACUAAACUUCAGAGAGCACGCUAAAGCCCGUGUCGAUCACGGGGCUGAGAUCAUCACGCAGUCACCAGGCAGGUCCAGCGUGGCUUCACCACGCAGACUCAGCAAUGUCUCAUCCUCUGGAAGCAUCAACCUGCUUGAAUCACCGCAGCUUGCUACCCUCGCUGAAGAUGUCACGGCAGCCCUCGCUAAGCAGGGCUUAUGAAUUCGCUCAUUUUGCGUCGUAUGAAGUAAUAAUAUUUAGGCAUGAGCUCUUGGCAGGAAUGGGCUCAGAGCAGGUGUUACAUUCAUUUUUACCAUGUCUAAAACUAAGUCACAUCCUAAGACUUGUAGUUACCAUACAGUUAAACAAACAAACAAACAGAUAAAUAUUACUAGAUGCAGAAAUUGGCCUGAUCUCCAUUUACAACAGGAAGACACUGGCUUUAUAUAUGGGUAUACAACUGCAGUAUGUUACAUUGGACAAUUAUUGUUGCUCUGCUCUGUCUUGCAUGGAGUACCGUACUACAAUAAAAUGCAUUUUUACCUUUCAUGUGCCUGAAGGCCAUCCAUCUCUUUCUGAAGAGCCUUGUUAAUAUCCCAAGUUGCUCAUUUCACUGUUCUGUUGAAAGAUGGGGAAAAAAAAAUGAAAAACUGCCCAUUGUAAGUUAUUACAGGUUAGAUUAAGAGUCUGCUUACCAGAAGGAAGGGCAUAUAGAGAAAUUCAAGUUUAAUUAAUUAAAAAAAGUGAUAUUUUGUAUAAAUGAGUAGAACAAAAGUUGAAUUAAGUUAUUAACAUUUUUUUGGACCUGGAUAAUUAUGUCGGUGUAUAGCUGAUAAAGCCAAUAAAUUAUUUAACUAAUAACUAAAACUGUUAGUUGAAAACAUUGAAUCAUGCUUGGGGAAGUGACUUAAAAAAGCUGCUGAAAGCAAGCACUUCCACCCCAAUGGACUUGUGUCUGAUUAGGAAGUUGGUUAAGCGGCUAGAUUUGUGUAGUCACCAUCAGUUUCACAUCCUUUCCAUCUGUUUGAUACAGUAUUAUAGAUAUAUAUUUCUCUGUGGCCAUUUGUGAGACGCCCUCUUCAUAUACUUGAAUAUUCUACUUUAUUCACAGUAUCUGUGUCUCUUGCACCCUUUGGUGUUGCAAUUUUAGGUAUGUAAAAGUAGAUGUUAGCAGGGUUUUUUUUCCCCUAUUCAUAAAAAUACAUUUAAAAAAAAAAGAUGAAAACUUUUAGCAUGAAGUUGCUUUCUGUAACAACUAAAAGCCGUGACCCUGUUUUAGUGCCAGAUGCAAGUCUCUUCUGUGAUGCUAGAAAAAGGAUUCCUUCCCUCCUCCCUUCCUUUCUUCACAAAGAUAUGAUUUUUGUGGGGUCCAGAAGUUUGUAAAACGGUCUCCAAAGAUGGCUGGGUUUGGAUUCUGGAUUUUUAUUAAAUCCAAAAUAGUUUGGGUUUGGCUUAUUUUUUUUUAAACUCCUGUAGUAACAGCAAAUGUUAGAUUUAUUUAUUUCUUUUUUCUUUUGCUAAAGUUGAAACAGAAAAAAGUAUUAAGGUGACGUUUCCACUCCUUCAGUGAUAUCUUAUGUAUACGCUCAGGCACUCAGAUAACAGUGAUAAACAUAACAAGAGAUGCCUGUAAAUUAUAGCACGUGAGUAAAUAAAUUGAGCUCCCUAGACUGGGUUGCUGUAGUGAUUAAUCAGUAAAUAGGGCAUCUUAAAAUCUGAGCAAAGUGGGAUUAUAUUGACUAAUAAAAAGUAUAAGAAAAAGUGUGCAUAAAAAGGGCAGAGAUAUAUAAACAUCCAAUCUAAUGGAGUUACCUGCGAGAGCUCCAACACUGUCUUAUGGACACUAAGAGAACACUGAAGGUAAUAUGGGAGUAUUACUCAUCGGCAGAUAAUAAUCUGCUGAUUCUAUAUGUACAGUAGACAUUAUGAAAUGACCAGUUUACAUUCUUGCAGAUUGUUUGAUCUUUUCCUUUUGAAAUCUCUUAACUAAACUUUGCACUGUCAGUUGAGCUAUACUUGAUACAUGUAUUAGGUUAACAUUGUGUGCUGGAAGCUUUUUAUCUGUUCUUUUUGCUCCUUAAUUUGUACGUGUGCGUGUGUGUGUUGGGUUUUGAACCAAAAAGACUCUAGAGAACAUUCUUAUGUCUGUGAAGAAGCAUUCUAAUAAUUAAUAGCACAGGGUUCCACAUGAUUCAGGUUGCAAAUGCACGGUUACUUGGCAGUAAAUCUUCAGUGGACCAAACGAGGACUUUGGCUAAGCUGUCACGUAAUAUAAAGACAAAACAAAAUUAAGACGACAAUAAAUUUUACUGCAAAUGUUAGCCCAACACACAACAUUUCAGCACUGCAAAAAGCUUUAUCACACUGUAAAAUUCCUAAUACUGUUGGUAAGUCAGUUGUUUUAUACAAAGGACAGUGAGCUUGGAACCAUGCUAAAUGGGUUCUGAUUUCUGCCUUGUAUUUGUUAUACUCUUGUGUAAUCAUAUGAAUUCACAUGGAAACAAUGUCAAGAGAGAUGCAUUAAAAGCCUCUUCCCAUUUUUUCCAGGAAAGCAAAAGACAGAAAGAAAAAAAAAACAACAAAAACUACUAUAACAGUAUUUACAUCACAUUGCUCUGAUCACACAGUCGAUAUAAAUGAGCCUUGCAGUGUGGUUUUUUUUACGCCUUUUGCAAAUGUGGGAGAGUCUAUGGUACUACCGAACCUCAGCUUCUCUGAAGCUGAACACCAGCUAGUGAGAACAGUGUUAUUGAGGUGUUUUUUUUUAAUUCUGCUUUUAAAAUUGACAUACUCUAGGUAAUGAUGUUUAGUUAAUCCACCUACGAGUACAAAGUUAGAGUGGUGUAACGCACCAGGACAUUUAUUUCAUGCAUUAAAAUGAGCUUUCUUGUCUUGAUUCAAGCAAAGACCUUUGUAAUUGUAAUCAUCCCUCCAUAGAAAGAAUCCUAGGACGCUGUGGACUUAGAUGAAGAUAAAAGAGAUUAAGAGUUUGUGCUGUUAAAAAAAAAAAAAAAAAGUUGUUACAUGACUCUAGAUGUUCACUGAAAAACUUCAUAUUAAUCUUAAUUUAUCAAGAAGAGGGUUGGUUUUUAAAGGAAGAAACUGUUUUGUAAAUAUGUAAUGCCCACUUAAACAAGACAGAGCCAGCUUCCUGGAAACUGCAUCCAUUGUUUCUUUUCCACAGGCUUGUUCAGCCAGCAGGUACACUGGGUGUCUGAGACCCGACUUUGUAACAAAGCAGAGAUAAUCCAGGGAAAUGAAACAGCAAAACCUGUUGGGAUGGCUACGGGAGAGCCCCAAGUUAAUAAUCUGUAAAGCUGUAGAGACAAAAGGGGCUUCUGCCCCAUCCGCAGACUCCUGUUUCUGUGUAACCACAAGCAGAAAGAAAUCCAAGGUGAGCAAACCUCUGUCCAGCACUAAUAAGGGAAAAACUAAUAGCGAUGAGGAUAAUUCUGUGCCCAUUAGGGCCAUGUAUAUGUUCACUGUACAGCAGUAAAUGGUAUCAUCCAUUCAGUGCUAUGCUAAGGUACAGUAGUAACCUCAUCGUGACUGCUUACAAAUAGACGCUUGCCUAUCUACACGACCCAAGGGGAGUCUGAAGGCAGCCUGUGUGGGCUACCACACGUGAGCAGCAGUUUUUGCCACGCUGGACCGAAUACCUUUCCAAACCCAAGCACUCAUGUCCCUUCAAAGGCAAACGCCUUGAAGAGCUGAUCACGUUCGCUCUGAGAACCGAAGCAGGUAGUCUAGCCUAGGUGUGUAGAGUUCAUUGCUCGUCAGACCGCUAAAGCAACUCCCGCUGCAACUCCAGCAAUUCCCACUGCAGGAAAGUAAAUUAGUUUCACACUUGGAAAAAUCAAGCAUAUAAAAGCCACUUCAACUUUAGCAAAGAGAAAAAGCCAACGAAUGAACGUGCUGUAUGCUGGGAUUUCAAGGAAUGCAGUCUGCUGUUACAAACCUGUGUUUUUUCUGAUAAUUCUAGAGCCUGUUACCAUAAAAAGAGGCAUUUCUUGAAUGGCUGGUGGUAGGUAGUUCAUGUUUUUCAAUCCGAUUUGCAAUUGUAUUUGUUGCUGUAUAGUGAUUGUUUUGCAAAAUAAAAUCGCUUGUCAUCUAA